AUGCAUGAAAUUGUUACACUUCAACUUGGCCAACGGGCUAACUAUCUAGCAACUCAUUUCUGGAACCUACAGGAAUCAUAUUUCACAUACAACGAUGCGGAACAGUCCCUUGUUGAUCAUGACGUUCAUUUCCGGCCAGGGUUUGGCGCAGACGGCUCCGAGACGUACACUCCGCGCACAUUAAUCUAUGACCUGAAGGGCGGAUUUGGAACAUUGCGCAGAUAUAAUGCUCUCUAUGAGUUGACUGAAGACUCCAACGCAGGCCAAGGCUUAUGGGACGGGCGAGAAAUAAUUCAAAAGCAAACUCCAAUCCAGCAAAGCGACUAUCAGAAAAGCUUGGAUUUGGGUACACCAGCUCCUCGCUUGACUUCAGAGUCUGUGCGUUACUGGUCAGACUACAAUCGCGUGUACUAUCAUCCCAAGUCUAUCGUUCAGUUAAAUGAAUAUGAAUUGAACUCCCAGACUAUGCCCUUCGAGGACUGGAAUGUCGGAGAAGAGCUAUUCAAGGACCUUGAUAAGGAGCAUGACUUGCUGGAUCGUGAUUUGAGACCUCUCAUCGAAGAAUGUGACCACUUGCGGGCACUGCAACUGUUCUCCGGGUCAGACGAUGCCUGGGGCGGAUUCUCCGCGCAGUAUAUGGAAAGGCUGCGGGACGAAUUUGGAAAGAAAAGUAUUUGGGUCUGGGCGAUUGAGGAUGGCACCAGGACACAGCGGCAUCAUCAGUUCAAGAAGGACACGAACAAGGCGAGGUCACUCUAUUCGAUUGCACCACAGGCCUCGCUCUAUGCCCCGAUUAUUGACCUUCCCCAUAAGUUACCUGGAGACCUCAAUGUCGAUCGCCAAUCAGAAUGGCAGAAAACCGCCCUGAUAGCCUCGGCUAUCGAAACGGUCACGCUGCCUUCCCGAUUGCGGCCAUAUCAGCAUUUCGAGGCCUCUCUGGCGGGAGAGGAUGGCACGCACACCAUCUUCGAAUUGCAAUCUUCAAUCAAUAAGAAUAAAGUCGAUGACAGUCACACUAAGGAGCCCUCCCAUGAAGACGAGUCGACAAAAGCCGAAACUGAAUUUGAUAUCGACUUCGCCUAUGACGGCGAGUACAACAACGGCGCCCAUAUUUUCAAUCAAGUCCAAGUAACCCGUGGAGAUGAGCGAGGAAUGGACAGCAAGUCUGUUGAGGACAGGGACAUUGGACACACUCGCAAACUCAGGCGUUACAACUCGGAGUCUAUGCUCCAAAGUUUCCACGCACCACUCAGCAUGCCUAUCCUUGAUAGUUUCCCGCACAGCAUGUUCUCCGCCGCCCACGCAGGUACUGGUGUCAACGUGUUUACCGCAUUGACCGCCUCGACGCGGACAGCUCAAAAGAUCAAGGCUAUCUCGGCUACUGCCGCCCGCCUGGUCUCAGUUGACGAGCGUGAGGCCCUGGUCAAUGGACUCGGGGAGAUUCGAGAAUUCUACGAGACAGGGUGGAGCAGUGGCUCGGACGAUGAAGACGAUUAG